CUCAACCAUGGAAGGAGAAAAUAAACUGAAUUUCACUGCGAACAGCAGUACGACGGAUAUCCACCUGGUGACGCACAGUCUGUGGGAGGUGAUCACCAUUGCAACUGUGUCGGCUAUAGUCAGCCUCAUCACCAUUGUGGGGAAUGUUCUGGUCAUGAUCUCCUUUAAAGUCAACAGCCAGCUCAAGACUGUGAACAAUUACUACCUGCUGAGUCUGGCAGCUGCAGACCUCAUCAUUGGUGUUUUCUCCAUGAACCUGUAUACCUCUUAUAUACUGAUGGGCUACUGGGCCUUAGGAAACCUCGCCUGUGAUCUGUGGUUGGCUGUGGACUAUGUAGCCAGCAAUGCAUCAGUCAUGAACUUGUUGGUGAUCAGUUUUGACAGAUAUUUCUCCAUCACCAGGCCUCUGACCUACAGGGCCAAACGGACGCCCAAGCGAGCUGGGAUUAUGAUUGGUUUAGCCUGGCUGGUGUCGCUCAUUCUGUGGGCUCCACCGAUACUCUGCUGGCAGUACUUUAUAGGGAAAAGGACCGUCCCUGAGAGGCAAUGCCAGAUCCAGUUUUUCUCUGAGCCUGUAAUAACCUUCGGGACAGCAAUCGCAGCCUUUUAUAUCCCCGUGUCAGUCAUGACAAUCCUGUACUGUCGAAUCUACAAGGAGACAGAGAAGAGGACCAAAGAUCUGGCUGAGCUUCAGGGGAUUAACUAUGCCACAGACUCUGGGGUCUCUCAGCCUCCAAAGACCAUUAUCAGGUCCUGCUUCAGUUAUAAACUAAGAUCGGCCUCGCACGACAGGAACCAAGCAUCCUGGUCAUCUUCCAGCAGGAGCAACGCUGCCAAAUCUGCAGCCACCACCAAUGAUGAGUGGUCCAAAGCAGGUCACCUGACCACCUUUAACAGCUACGCAUCCUCAGAGGAUGAGGACAGGCCUGUUUCUCCAGGAGGCUUCCAGGCCUCGUUCAGGAACCAGGCUUGCGAGACCAGCAAGAGUGUUGUUGGCAGCGAGAGCGAGCAGCUCAGCAGCUAUGACGAGGACAGCUUCUUCCAAACGCCACCGAAAAGCAACUCUCAGAAGAGCGGCAAGUGCGUGUCGUACAAGUUCAAACCUAUGGCCAAAGACACUCAAGCGGAGCACCAGGUCAAGAACGGAGACACAAAGAUGGCAUCAUCAACGUUUUCCUCAGCCGAGUCCAUGAGCAUCCCAUCCACGUCCUCGACGUCCAAACCCAUCGACGCCACCCUGAAGAACCAGAUCACCAAGAGGAAGAGGAUGGUGUUGAUCAAGGAGAGGAAGGCAGCACAGACUCUCAGUGCCAUCUUGCUGGCCUUCAUUCUGACAUGGACGCCAUAUAACAUCAUGGUGCUGAUUUCCACCUUCUGCUCAGACUGUAUCCCAGUCUCCCUCUGGCAUCUUGGCUACUGGCUGUGCUACGUUAACAGCACCGUCAACCCCAUGUGCUACGCCCUGUGUAACAAGAAUUUUCAGAAGACCUUUCGCAUGCUCUUACUCUGCCAGUGGAAGAAGAAAAGGAUGGAGGAGAAACUUUACUGGUACGGACAGAACCCUGUGGUCAACUCCAAACUCACAUGA